AUGGCUCCGCCAUUCGAAAGUGCGAGGAUCGAGCUCGACUUCCCGCUCUAUGCCAUCGAUUUCGACUCGGAGGAUUCGAACCGGCUUGUGGUAGGCGGAGGAGGAGGCGCCGGUCGCUCUGGCGUUGGGAACAAAAUUGCCGUUCUAGAAACCACAUCGCAAAAUGAAAUCCAGACGGCCGGCGAUAUCACACUCUCUCGCGAUGAGGACAGCGUAAUGUCCCUCGCCCUGGGCGCUCGCAAGGGCAAGACGACUCACCUCUAUGCCGGCGUCAACUCGAGCCCCGAAUCCAUCGCAAAAGGCACCAACGAGCACCUGCGUACCCUCGCCAUUGAGCUACCCAAGUCGCGUGAGAAGGCCGCCGGCCCUUCGACAAAGGUCUCGGAGAUAUCGCGCACAUCGAUGUUCACAGACCCGGACGAAAACUCAUACCAGCGCCUUCUGCGCGUUGUCGGACAGCUCGGUGUCGCCUCUACAGCUAUGGGUAAGGACCCCCAAAUUGGAAUCUUCGAGGCAACUGGGCCAAAUCCCAAGGUCAAGGGUGUAUUCGAGCUGCCCCGGGAGGCCGAGGAUCUGGAUGUCAUUCAACCGGCCGAGAAUGAGUAUCUGGUUGCGUUUUGCCACAAGUACGAGCUGCAUGUGGUCAAGAUCUCCAAGGAGCAGGGCGACCCGGAGCUGGUCUACACGAUGCCCGACGACCAUGGAGAAAAGCCCAUGUUCCGCUCUAUCCGCUUCCUGACGCCCAACUUCAUUCUCGCCAUCUCGAACCUGCCAAAGAAGAACGGCAUCAUCAUUCAGGGGCUCCGCCUGCCGAAGCCAGGGCACGAAACGGCUAGGCUCGCGGUCACGGCAAGGAUACCGGGCAAGAUCAACGCAACCGCCCUGUCUGUGACAAAUCUCAGCCCCCCGGCGAACUUAACAACGCCAGUGACCGAGACGCAGUUUCUCGUAGCCGUCGCUGGAAACGACUCGUCCGUCUACGUCUAUACGCUGGAACACAUGAUCACCGCGCAGCUUCCCCUCCUCCUCAACCUCUACCCCCUCACCACACUCAAAACCCCCAAUAGCGCUGAUAACCUUACUGGCCUCGCGUUUUCCACAUUCGUCGCUCCAAAGUCGAACCCCCGCCCACAGUUCGUCAAGCUCGCCAGCAUUUCUCUACAGAGCACAGUCUCAGUGUACUCUAUCCCUCUGAAGAAAUAUGUGGACAAGACACCGCGGAAUCCAAAGGGGCCCCCGAGGGCGGCGAGAUACGUCGUGGCCAUGAAGUCGCAGACACCUUCGUCUCGCCCCAUCAUCAUCAUCAUGACGGUCAUUGUUCUGUUACUGGCAAUCAUUGGGCAGGCCGUCAUGGAGGUGUACGGAGGAAGCAAGCCCAUCUUGCACGCUCACAAGAUCCUCCCCUCAUGGCACGGCACCCUGCGCACCCCCAGCCAUCAAGCUGCAGCGCUCCUUCAAGAGAGCUUCAUCGCCAAUCUCGUCGGAGGCAACGAGGAGCUGACUGGAGAGACCCUUAUCCUCAGAGACAUUCUGCCAGGCGGCGUUGACGAGGAGGAUGAGCACAAUGACGAGUAUGAGGAAACCGGAGAAGAGGAGGGAGAUUACGAGGCUGAAGAGGACGGCGAGACCGAGAAGGACAGUGAGGCUGAGAGCGAUGGCGAGGUUGAGGAGGAGGCUCCCACUACCGAGACUCCCGCCAACCAAAUCCGAGUCGACGCCCACCGGGAGGCUGACGACGAGGCCAAACGCUGGGACGAACUGUCCGAAGAGCACAAAGAGGCAUGGAAGGAGAAGCUGCUCGAAGCCGGGAAAUGGACCCGAGAUAUGGGCGAGGGGGUCUUCAAGGGCAUCUUGUUCGGCGAGCUGGCCGGCGCCGUUGGCCAGGCCUUUGCCGGUUAA